CGGAGACGACAUGCUGGAUGUUGAUGUACCGGAGGAUGGAGAGGGCUUCACGGACGAUGAUAUCAUUCGCACAGGCAGAUGGUCUAAGAAGCAGAAGCCCAUUUCGCCUUCGACGACAACCGUUCACGAUGUUUGGGACCGGGAAUCGUUUGUGAGGGAGGUCAAAAAGAGAUGGACACCAGAAGAGGAGACGACCUUGAUUCAGCAUGUCAUCAGGAAUGGAACACGCGCCUGGCAGGAGAUUUCUGAUGCACUGGCCGGGCGCCAUUCUGCGGAGGAGUGCCAGGGCUAUUGGAAGCAUCUUGAUAUGCCUGUCCGUCGCGCUGAGAAGCAGUCGUACAAGUGGGAGCCCCACAAGGAGGCCCUCUUCUGGAGACUGUGGCUCGAGAGUGGAUCUGAUUUUGACGAAAUAUCAAGGAAGCUCUGCAACUUCAAGGGAUUUGAGGGUGCAGGAGCAUUACAGUCAUCCGACCAAGGACAGUCAUCGACAUCGAGUAGAAUUACUAUUCAGGACUGCGAGGAGCUCUUCACUCAGCGGACGCAACAAUUGCGGAAGGUGGCCGGAGAGCAGCAGGACGACGAAGUGUUCCGAAAUGACUGUGUUGAGAUGGCAUUGAUGCUCAGCAAACCUUCACCUUUCAAAUGGGACAAGGAAAAGUCAGUCAAGCUGCAGAAACUCGUUCGACAGCGCCUCAAGUCGCGAGAUAUUCAGGUUAAUUGGAUUAACUGGAGAUGGGUGGCUCGCCAUGUUGGUGGUGGUGUGACCGCACAGCGCUGUUGUGUUCACUGGAGGCAGUUGAGGAAGGUGGAGAUUGACAAGGAAUCCUGGACCGACGAGGACAUCCUGCUGCUGGAACAAGGCAUUCGGGAGAUCGGCCCGACUUUCAACCACCCCGACAACCAGUCCACUUCAUCGCCUCCCUCUGCCACUGCUGCUGCAGCGGUAUCAGUUGAUAAUUCUGGCAGCAGCUCGGAGCCGAACCUGACAGGAUUCCGCGCCAUCCAAAGGUUUUAUCUUCCGGAUCGCAGUAUUGAGGCUAUGCAGCGAAAGUACUUUUUGCUGUCUGAUAAAGGAUCGACCGUCACAAUGCGCGAGUAUAUGUCCGUCAUGGAUGCAGUGGACGAGUACGGCUUGGAUCAAUGGGACAAAGUGGUCGAAGCCCUGAAGUCGUCUUUAUCAUCGUCCUCACCCUCAGCAUCAGGGGCACAGGGGUCAAGUUUUGUUGGUUGGACGAAAGCGCCAUGUCGCCGUGUGUGGGAAGCGUCAUAUAGGCACCACCUGCUAUAUACCCCAUGGACCUUCGAGGAGGACCGGGAUCUGAAGGAAUCAGUUGAUCGGAUUGGGCUGCAGGAAUGGGUGGCGGUCUCGCGCUUCUUCCCUGGAAAGUCGGCCUGGCAAUGUCGCCUACGCUGGUGCCAACUGACGGAUCCUAUCCAGCCAGCACAAUCCGCUGCGCCACUUCCAGACCAUCUUUAGAUUCUUCAACAGAGAGCUCAGCAGAAUCUCCAGCACCAUUUUCAGUAGAGACCUCAGCAGAGUCUUCGGCACAGUUAUAGCUUCACUCCCUUUGCAUCGUACAAUUUGAACAUCUUUUAUGCUAAUAAAAAGGCCCAUCAACAUAGCACCUUUUCUUC